GAGAAGAAGCCCGAGAGAAUCUACUGCGUCGAUAAGCGUGCCCACAAGGUGUUCAAGACCCUGUUCCAUGUCUCUCUUGCAGAUCUUGGAGAGAUACCAAAGGCAAUCAAUUGGGACGACUUCAAACGCGCCAUGAUUCGGGCUGGCUUCUCUGCCGAAAAGCUCCAGGGCUCAGCCUGGCAGUUUACUCCUUGCGGUUCUUUGGAUGUCGUUCGUGGCAUCCAGUUUCAUGAGCCACAUCCCGAUAGCAGCAUUCCCUACAUCAUGGCUCGGCGUUUUGGCAGGAGGCUUCAGAGGGUAUACGGCUGGCACGGUGGUGUGUUCAAGUUAGCUUGAGUGGGAAAAAAGAAGCUGGGAACGGAGAAGUUGGCCGAUGUUGGGAUGCAGAUCGUGCGACACAUCUACACACGCGUACAGAGGUACUUUGCUUAUCGUUGCGAUGGUUAUUCUUUUCUUUCAAUUUGGUUUGUCCGUUCCAGAGAAGUUCUGGUUCUACAUGCAUGGCUACGUUUCUCAACGUUCGAGUCUCAGACUCAUACGCCGCAAAGAAUGCGCACAGGUUAUCCAAAGUUUAUCAUCACAUUUACGUCGAGGUUCAGCAUUGGACCGCCAAAACGUAGCAAAUCCAAAGUUUCAUUAU